AGUAGGUGGCGGUAUGCACCUUCUAAGUUGCGGCUGCAACUCGCCAGAAAACUAAAAGAAGAAGACGUAGACUUCGCGCAUGCGUGAACUGACCGGUUGGAAAAGCAAGAGGGCGUUUGACGGAGAAGGCCUAAACACGUGUGUUAAGAAAAUCUUCUUCCUAAGCUAAAGAAGUGGAGCUUUAGGAUGCAGCAGGAGGAGCCACAGCCCUCUUCCGAGGCCCCUUUGAACACCCGCUUUAAAGAGGAAGAAGAGGAACACAGCAUCAGUCAAGGGGGAGAUCGUACUGAAGGACUGAUGGAUUUUCCAGUGAUAAGUGUCAUUGUGAAGAGUGAAGAUGAUGAAAGUGAAAGUGAGGAGAGGGGAGGGGGGGAGCCUCCAAGCAGCAGCUCAACACAACACAUGACAACAGAAGCUGAUGGAGACCACUGUGGAGGAUCACAAGCAGACAAGCUCUUAGCUCCACUAUCAGAUAGUGAGGACACAACCUCACACUCUCCUGACACUGAUGAUGAAGACUCUAAAGAUGAUAAGACAUGUCACACGGACAACACACAUUUGACAUGUUCUCACUGUCACAAAACAUUUAAAUACCAUUGUCAUCUGAAAAGACACAUGAUACGACACACUGGAGAAAAACCUUUUUCUUGCUCAACGUGUGGUAAAGGUUUUACACGCAGUCAGAGUUUGAAAGUACACAAGAGAACACACACCGGAGAAAACACUUUUAUCUGUUCAAUCUGUGGUAAAGGUUUUGUACUUAGUCAAAAUUUAAAAGUACACAUGAGAACACACACCGGAGAAAAGCCCUUUUCUUGCUCAACCUGCGGUAAAGGUUUUACACAAAGUCAGAGUUUGAAAUUACAUAUGAGAAAACACACCGGAGAAAAAACUUUCUCUUGUUUAAUCUGUGGUAAAGGUUUUGUUCUAAGUCACAAUUUGAAAGUACACAUGACAACGCACACUGGUGAAAAACUCUAUGUCUGUUCAAUCUGCGGUAAAGGUUUUGCAACAAGCCACAAUUUGAAAUUACAUAUGAGAAUACACACCGGAGAAAAACCUUUUAUCUGUUCAAUAUGUGAUAAAGGUUUUACACACAGUCAGAGUUUGAAAAAACACACAAUUUUACACACUGGAGAAACAUCUUUUAUAUGUUUAAUCUGUAGUAAAGGUUUUGUACAAAGUCACAAUUUGAAAGUACACAUGAGAAUACACACCGGUGAAAAACCUUUUUCCUGCUCAAUCUGUGGUAAAGGUUUUGUACAAAGAUCACAUAUGGAAGAACACAGAAGAAUACACACCGGAGAAAAAUAUUGUAUCUGUUCGAUUUGUAGUAAAGGUUUUGCACAGAGUUACAAUUUGAAAGUACACAUGAGAACACACACAGGAGAGAAAGUGUUGGGUUGCAGUGUGUGUGGUGAAAGAUUCUCUUAUAAGUACCAGUGUGAGAAACACAAGUGUGCUGGUGAGAACAGCAGCAGCCAAUAAAUCUGCAGGAUUGGAAA